AUGGCGCCUCUACCCAUUUCCUUCACAGAGCUCCUUUCUCUCACACAGCUCGAUAUCCAACAAGCGUCGAUAAGUUUUAGUACAACUACCUUAGAGAGCGAUCACUUUAUCUGUGUCCGCGAGAAAAGCGACGAAGCCGCCGCUCAAGUGGUGAUAGUCGAUCUUCACAAUGGUAACGAAGUGAUUAGGCGGACUAUUAAGGCCGACAGUGCCAUUAUGCACUGGACCAAUAAGAUCAUCGCUCUUAAGGCCCAACGGACACUCCAGAUCUUCAACCUGGAAGCUAAGGAGAAAAUCAAGUCACACACUAUGAACGAAGAUGUCGUGUUUUGGAAGUGGAUCAGCGAGAAGAGCUUGGGUCUUGUUACUGAUGGUGCUGUCUAUCACUGGGAUGUAAUGGACCCUACACAGGCAACCCCGGUAAAGGUGUUCGAGCGACACUCAAACUUGAACAGCUGUCAAAUUAUCAACUAUCGUGUCAAUUCGGAUGAGAAAUGGAUGGUUGUCGUUGGUAUCUCUCAGCAGCAAGGCCGCGUGGUUGGAAAUAUGCAGCUUUACUCGCGGGAUAGAGGUAUCAGUCAGGCUAUUGAGGGUCACGCCGCCGUAUUUGCUGAGCUUCGUCUUGAGGGAGCUCCGGCCGACACAAAACUUUUCACCUUCGCGGUUAGAACAGCUCAGGGAGCCAAGCUACAUGUCGUCGAAGUCGAUCACCCGCCCAACAACCCGGUAUUCCAGAAGAAGGCGGUCGACGUAUACUUCCCUGCUGAAGCUGUGAAUGAUUUCCCAGUUGCAAUGCAGGUUUCGCCAAGGUUUUCAAUCAUUUACCUUGUCACCAAGUAUGGAUUUAUCCAUCUUUACGACCUAGAGACAGGAACAUGUAUCUUCAUGAACCGAAUCUCCAGCGACACGAUCUUUAUCACAGCCCCUCACGAUGCCACAUCCGGUAUCAUCGGUGUCAACAGGAAGGGACAGGUCUUGUCUGUCAGUGUGGACGAAAACCAUAUCAUUGACUAUCUACUUGAGAACCCCGCAAACUCGGCCCUGGCCAUUAAGCUUGCUUCCCGGGCUGGUCUCAAGGGCGCUGAUGACCUUUACCAGAAGCAAUUCCAGACCCUCAUGGACCAGCAGAAUUUCAUUGAGGCGGCGAAGGUUGCGGCGAAUUCACCCCGAGGAUUCCUUCGUACCCCCCAAACAAUUGAACAGUUUAAAAAAGUCCCAGCACCUCCUGGCCAACUAUCUGUUAUUCUCCAGUAUUUCGGUAUGUUGCUAGACAAGACCACUUUGAAUAAAUAUGAGACAAUCGAGUUGGUCAAGCCAGUCUUGGCACAAAACAGGAAACAUUUGUUAGAGAAAUGGCUGAAGGAGAAUAAGCUGGAGUGCACGGAGGAGUUGGGAGAUAUUGUCAAGUUGCAUGAUCUUAACUUGGCGCUGAGCGUAUACCAACGCUCUAACGCUCCGCAGAAGGUUAUUGCGUGCCUUGCUGAAACCGGUCAGUUCGACAAAAUCCUGCCCUAUGCGCAGAGUGUUGGAUACACCCCUAACUACAUGUCUCUUCUUGAGAACAUGGUCCGCAUCAACCCAGAGAAGGGAGCUGAUUUUGCAACUCAGCUCGCCAGUCACCAGGGUGGUUCCUUAGUUGAUAUUGACCGUGUUGUUGAUAUUUUCCUUUCCCAGAACAUGAUCCAACAGGCCACGGCUUUCCUGUUAUCUGCCUUGGAUGGAAACAAACCGGAACAUGCUGCUCAACAGACACGCCUUCUUGAAAUGAACUUGAUGCAUGCGCCUCAAGUAGCUGAUGCUAUCCUCUUGAACAACAUGUUCAGUCACUAUGAUCGCCAAAAGAUUGCUCAACUUUGCGAGAACGCCGGGCUCUUCCAAAGGGCUUUGGAGCAUUAUGAAGAUCCCGCCGCCGUCAAGCGGGUUCUUCGUGACAACAACGGAAUCCCACCCGAGUUCAUUGUUGAGUACUUUGGGCGCAUGUCUCUGGAGCAAUCCCUGGAUUGCUUGAGUGAGAUGUUGCGGGCAAACAUCCGUCAAAAUCUCCAAGUUGUCAUUCAAGUGGCUACCAAAUAUUCCGAUUUGCUUGGACCCCACCGCUUGAUCGAUUUGUUUGAAAGCUUCAAGACAUUUGAGGGUCUCUACUAUUAUCUUGGAAGUAUUGUGAACCUCAGCGAAGACGCCGAUGUCCACUUCAAGUACAUCCAAGCCGCUACUAGAUGUGGGCAAUUCAGCGAGGUGGAGCGCAUUUGUCGUGACAGUCGGUUUUAUAACCCCGAGAAGGUCAAGAACUUCCUGAAGGAGGCAAAAUUGGCUGAACAGCUGCCUUUGAUCAUUGUUUGUGACCGAUACAACUUCAUCCAUGAGUUGGUUUUGUAUCUUUACCAGAACCAGCAGUUCAAGUCGAUUGAAGUUUACGUGCAGAGGGUCAACCCUGCAAGGACACCUGCAGUCGUCGGUGGACUGUUGGAUGUGGACUGUGAUGAGUCGAUCAUUAAGAGUCUGUUGGGCUCUGUUCAGAGCUCGGCAAUCCCUAUUGAUGAGCUUGUUGCCGAGGUUGAACGAAGAAAUCGUCUCAAACUUCUACUGCCUUUCCUCGAAGAAUCAUUGAACAGCGGAAACCAACAGCCUGCCGUUUUCAAUGCGUUGGCCAAGAUUUACAUCGAUAGUAAUAACAACCCCGAGAAAUUCUUGAAGGAAAACGACUUUUAUGAUACGCUCGUGGUUGGUAAAUACUGCGAGAAAAGGGAUCCGUACCUAGCAUUCAUCGCAUACCAGAAAGGGUCGAAUGAUGUGGAGUUAGUUAAAAUCACCAACGAGAACUCCAUGUUCAAACAGCAAGCUCGUUACCUUGUCAAGCGACGUGAUGCUGAGUUGUGGGGUUUCGUCUUGAGUCAGAAUAACAUCCACCGCCGGUCACUCGUGGAUCAAGUGGUUGCAACUGCUGUACCAGAGUCUACUGAUCCUGAAGACGUUUCCGUUGCAGUGCAAUGUUUCUUGAAAUUCGACUUACCAACAGAGCUUAUCGAGCUUUUGGAGAAGAUCAUUCUUGAACCCUCACCAUUCAGCGAUAAUAGCAGUCUUCAAAACCUCUUGAUUCUUACUGCUGUCAAGGCUGACAAGGCUAGAGUCAUGGACUACAUCCACCGUCUUACCAAUUAUGAUGGGCCUGAUGUUGCUCAGAUUUGUAUCCAAAACAACCUGUAUGAGGAGGCGUUCGAAGUCUUCAAGAAGGUUGAUGCACACAGUGAAGCGGUUAAUGUCCUUAUCGAAUACAUUGUCAGCAUUGACCGCGCUUAUGCAUACGCCGACAAAGUCGAUCUUCCCGAGGUUUGGAGCCGUCUUGGUAAAGCACAACUUGAUGGACUGCGUGUUUCAGACUCCAUUGAGUCUUAUAUCCGUGCCAACGAUCCCGGAAAUCACUCAGAAGUAAUCGAAAUUGCCGGCCAUGCUGGCAAGAACGAAGAACUCAUCAAAUAUCUUCACAUGUGCCGUAAAACUUUGAGAGAGCCAGAGGUUGACAGUAGUUUGGCGCUGUCCCUUGCCCGUGUUGACAAGCUUUCUGAUUUAGAAGAUUUCUUGAAUGGGCCCAAUGUUGCCAAUGUUGAAGAAGCUGGUGACCGAGCAUAUGAGGAGGGUCUUCAUCAAGCAGCCAAGAUCUUCUUCUCUAGCAUCUCAAAUUGGGCCAAGUUGGCGACUACACUCGUAUUCCUGGAAGAGUACCAGAAUGCUGUCGAAUGUGCUCGUAAGGCCAACAGCACCAAAGUAUGGAAACAGGUCAACGAAGCAUGUGUGGCAAAGAAAGAGUUCCGUUUGGCGCAAAUCUGUGGUUUGAACUUGAUUGUUCACGCAGAGGAAUUGCAAGACCUUGUUAAGCAGUAUGAGCGUAACGGCUACUUCGAUGAAUUGAUCAAUCUCCUCGAGGCUGGGCUAGGACUUGAACGUGCACACAUGGGAAUGUUCACCGAACUUGGCAUUGCUCUGUCAAAAUACCACCCUGAUCGUGUCAUGGAGCACUUGAAGCUCUUCUGGGGCCGUAUCAAUAUUCCUAAGAUGAUCCGCGCGUGCGAACAAGCUCACCUUUGGCCUGAGCUCAUCUUCUUGUAUUGCCACUACGAUGAGUGGGAUAACGCUGCAUUGGCGAUGAUGGAGAGGGCAGCUGAUUCCUGGGAACAUCAGUCUUUCAAAGACAUCGUUGUCAAGGUUGCCAAUUUGGAGAUUUACUACCGCGCUCUAAACUUUUACCUCCAGGAGCAGCCUUCUUUGCUUACAGAUCUUUUGGCUGUGCUUACACAGCGCAUUGAUGUUACUCGUGUUGUCCGCAUGUUCGAAAAGUCGGACAACAUCCCACUCAUUAAGCCAUUCCUCAUCAGCGUACAGUCACAGAAUAACAAAAUCGUCAACAACGCCAUUAACGACCUUCUUAUCGAGGAGGAGGAUUACAAGACUCUUAGAGACUCUGUUGAAAACUAUGACAACUAUGAUCCCUUAGAACUUGCCAAACGCCUCGAGACACAUGAACUUGUCUUUUUCAGACAGAUUGCUGCCAGUAUCUAUCGUAAACAAAAGCGAUGGAGCCAGUCAAUUGCCUUGUCCAAGCAAGACAGACUAUUCAAGGAUGCCAUCGAGACAGCUGCUGUAUCAGGCAAGGAGGAUGUUGUUGAGGAGCUGCUUCGUUACUUCGUUGAUAUUGGUAGUCGCGAGUGUUACGUUGGAAUGCUUUAUGCCUGUUACGAUCUUAUCCAGCUCGACGUUGUUAUGGAAAUUUCAUGGCGCCAUGGCCUUAAUGAUUACACUAUGCCCUUCAUGAUCAACGCCAUGAGGCAGCAAUCCGUGAAGAUUUCUACCUUGGAAAAAGAUAACGAAGAGCGUAAAGCCAAGGAGGUUACCCAACAACGAGAUGAAGACAAUACCCCCAUUCUUCUGGGCAACCGGUUGAUGUUGACAGCCGGUCCUGGGGGUCCGAUGCAGUACUCUAAUGGGAUCGCGCCGCAGGCUACUGGAUACUCGGGUUUUUAG